AUGGCGCAGACUUCAAAUGACCGGCCGAAGGGAAGCACUGCCACGUCGGAUGGCCGCGUCAUCCUCCACGUGGAUUUAGACUGCUUCUAUGCCGCGGGCUUGAUUGCGGUGAACUAUGCGGCGAGGGCGAGGGGCGUGCAGAGGCACGACCGCGUGUUUCAGGCGAAGCAGAAGUGUCCAGAGCUACAGCUGAUACACGUGGAGACGGUGGGGGGGGCGCCAGGAGCAGGGCGCAAUGCCGGCAAGGUGUCUCUGGAGCGCUACCGUGCCGCCUCCCAGCGCGUGUUCUCUGCCUUCCGCCGCGUGUGCCCCACUGUGGAGCGCGCGAGCAUUGACGAAGCAUACAUGGAUGUGUCUGCUAUGGUGGAUGCCAUGCUCUCACGCGCAGCCCCUGCAGUCCCGCCUGCACCAGAUGAGGCCUGCACGGCCACAGGUGCCACCUCCCCUGCUGCUGCCUGGGAGGAGCAGUGGAGGGCGCUGUUGGAGAGUGUCACUGAGGCUGCAGGCAGGAGUGGUGGUAGCCCACCGUCUGUUGCGGGAGGUGCUGCCAUUGCUGGGGUUCACAGUCAGCGUGGUGGGAAUGGCGCGCUGCUGCAAGCAGGAGUGGUGAUAGGGCACCGGCUGCAGCACGAGGUGCUGUCAUCCCUGGGCUACACGGCGGGAGUGGUGAUAGCCCACCGCAUGCAGCACGAGGUGCUGGCAUCGCUGGGCUACACGGUCAGUGUGGGAGUGGCGCGCUGCAAGAGUGUGAGCAGCACAACCCUACCCCGCCCCUUUCCCUGCUGUUGUCCGCCCGCUAUCCACAGGCUGCAGGCAGGAGUGGUGAUAGCGCACCGCCUUCAACAGGAAGUGCUGUCAUCCCUGGGCUACACGGUGAGCGUGGGGGUGGCGCGCUGCAAGCUGCUCGCCAAGAUGGCCUCUGCCAUGACCAAGCCGUUUGGGAUCACUGUGGUGCCACCGCGUGCCAUCCCUGGGCUGAUGGAGAACGUUCCUCUGAAGAAGAUCCGCAAUCUGGGCGGCAAACUGGGACAGGAGUUGCAGGCAAUUGGGUGUGCAACCGCAGGCCAGGCACAGGUGCUGGAGCUCCCGGACCUCAUCGCCAGGUUCGGGGACAGGCUCGGGAAUUACGUGUGGAGAGCUGUGAGGGGGCUGGAUGAAACACCAGGUGUGCCCUCCGCACCUCCGCACCUCCCCUUUCCGCUCAUUCCUGCGAAGCGAGAUGAAAUCGUUGUGCCUGCUCGCACUUCCUGCCUUCCCCUGCCUGUAUUGGAGGAAAAGGGUGUGCCCAAGUCCAUGCUCGCUGCAAAGUCGUUCAAUGCCACGUCAUCCUGGGAUGACAUCUGUCGUUGGAUGACCGUCCUAGCUCAGGAACUCUCCCUCCGCAUGCUCAAGGACGCAAAGGACAACAAACGCCGCCCGCGCUCCCUGCACCUGCACUACAGGGGCGGCACCAGUGGCAGUGACGGUGGCGGCGGCAGUGGUGGGUGGGGGGGAGGCGGAGGAGGGGAGAAGUCACGGUCGUGUGGCAUGCCUCGCGACAUAGAGAGGGUGAUUGAAGGGUUUGUGGAUCGAUGGUGCCGGGAAGGGGAGAAGGAGGGGAGAGAGGCGAGGGUGGAUGGGAGGGAGGAGGGGAACGAGGAGGGGAAGGAAGAAGGGAGGGAGGGAGGGAAGGUGGAGGGAAUGGAGCAGGUUGAGGCGAGGAGAGGGGAGCUUGGCGACAAGGCGAGGCAUGGGGAGGAAGUGCGGCAAGGGGAGGAAGUGCGGCAAGGGGAGGAAGUGCGGCAAGGGGAGGAAGUGCCCUCAAGAAGCGCAGGUGUGGAAGAGGGGCCGGGGCUGGGGGCGCAGCAAGAUGUGGGUGUGGAAGGCGGGUCAAAGGAUGUGGGUGUGGGAGAGGACGCGUGUGAAGGGGAAGGGGGGUGGAUGGAGGAGGAGAGGCAGAAGCUGCAGGCGCUGCUGUGUGCUGCUGGCCUAACACUGCUGGCAGGGGGUUCCAGUCAACCCAGUCAGUCCAGUCAACAGGGUCAACCGGGUCAACAGCAUCUGCAUGGCAGUGAGCAGCACCAAGGCGUGGAAUUUAUCAGCUGCUCUACCAAUCUAUCAAUGCGCCAGUCCAGCAGUCACUCUCUCCCCGCCCACUCUCCCCGGCCCAUCUCGUGCGCGUGGGCGCCCUGCUCUCGCCUGGCCCUGUCAGCCUCAGGAUUCGAGCAGCUGAGAGUGAAGGGCAUGCAAUCCAUCGAUCAGAUGUUCUCCCGUCGAACAGCACGCUCAACUGCUGCCCGCUAUGCACUGCCCACACCUCCUCCCAGCCAUGCCGCCAUGCCAUGCCAUGCAAGUACCGCAAGCACAGCAGCUGAUGCGUCAGGUCAUGCUGUGCCCGUUGCACGCGGCCCAGCACAUGGCACAGCAGCAGUGCGUGACUCGUCUUCCCCUUUGCUGAGAGCUUUCAGUCGAUGCUCUGCGUUAAGAAGAGAGGCCCAUAGCGAGGGGGAGGAUGUGAUGGAGAAGCACGGAAGGGCGGACAGGCAAGGAGAGAAGGAGAGGCAAGGAGAUGCAGAACGAGAGCUGGUGGAAGGGGGCGCGUGGGAGGUCAGGGAGAGGGGGGACAUGGGUGGGGGAGGGGCGACAAAACGAGGAGGGGAAGAAGGGGAGGGAAUUGAGGGAGAGGAGGGUUCUGAAGGAGUGGGGGGGCGUGAGAGUAAGAAAUUAAGAAUAGAAGAGCAAGGCAAUGCUUGUACUGGAGAGGAGAAGGGAACAGAGGAGCGGGGCUCAGAAAACCGGGGGAUUGGGGAGCAAGGGACAGGGGAACGGACAGAUUCAAGAAGAAGGAAAUCAGUGGGACAGGGAAGAGGAGGCGGAAGAGCGAGGGGCAGCAAAGGACGGCUGGGUUCACACAGCAAGGGGGGUGCUGUUGAAGGGGCUCUAGUGAGGAUGCUGGGUCGGAGACGAGUGAGGAAUGAGGGCACAGGCAUGGAAGAUGCGGAUUUGGGUGAGAGCCAGCCUCGGAAGGAGAAGAGAAUGAAUGGAGAUAGGGCAGUGGUGGGAAGUGGUGUGGAUGUGGUGGGAAGUGGUGUGGACGCUGUGACAGGGGGUUCGGCCAGCACAGCAGCAGAUGGUGGCAGAAGCUGGGAGGCAAGGGCGAGUGGUGGAGGAGUGGCGAGCGCACUGAGAGGGAUGCAGAGCGGUGCUGACGAGGCGGAGGAAGCGGCAGAGAGAGAGGUGGGGAGUGAGAGUGAGAAGUAUGGAGAUGCGGAGGGGAGCGGUGUGAGGGAGGAUGACUUGGGAGCAGAGAGGUUAGGGAGAAACGGUGUUUUACAGGGAGAUGUGGUUGCAAUGACGGAGGGAGAGGUGGGGGGAGAGAGGGACGAGGGCAGAGGAGAGGGUACGGGGGCGAGAGAGAUGGAAGAUGGUAGGGAAGAAGGGGAGGGAGGCGAAGAGGUGGCGGAAUGGCGUGAUGGUGCGGUUGGAGAAGGUGCAGUGCGGCACUGCAGGAGGGAUGAUGGGGGCAUGGAAGGGUGUGUGAGGGGAUGUGAUGGGAGGGGAGGGGAUGACGGGGUGAUUGGAGUGGGGGCAUGGGCUGGCGGGGUGAAAGGUGAUGAUGUUGCUGAGGUACAAGGCGACAAUACAGGUGGGGAUGAAGCGGUUACUGGUGAUGAUGCUUGUGAGGGACAAGAGGAGGAUGUGCAACGGCAUAGGGACGAGGCAAUCCUGGCAACCGAACAGCCUGUCCGCAUUCGCAAUGAGGGAGUGAAUGAGCCGGUGCAGCUUGUCAGCAGGCAGUGGGUUAUCAAGGACUUUGAUGGGAAAAUACAGGAGGUUGCGAAGACUGAAUCGCACUGCAGCUCUGCCAGAAACAAUGGAGAUCUGGGCUGGUUCAGCCGAGGCCAGAUGCAGAGACCCUUCGAGGAAGCGACGUUCGGGAUCAAUGUGGGGGAGAUGAGCGGCAUUGUUGACACGGACAGUGGGGUGCACAUUAUCCUGCGCACUGGAUAA